AUGGCUGCUGAUCAGAGGCUCGGCGACCUCAGACGGCAAGUCGUUUUUUUUUUCUUUCUCCUCGGGGUGUUUUGGGAGACCGGAGCCAGGCAGAUCCUCUACUCGGUACCCGAGGAGAUGGAGAAGGGCUCCUUUGUGGGCGCUAUCGCCAAGGACCUCGGUCUGGAACCGCGGGAAUUGUCGGAAAGAGGAGCGCGGAUCUUGUCGGGAGGUAGGACUCAACCUUUUGUAUUGGAUGUCAGAAGCGGCAGCUUAGUGACAGCAGACAGAAUAGACAGGGAAGAGCUCUGCGCCCAGAGCUUACAAUGUUUGAUAGGCUUUGAGCUUCUGUUUGAGGACAGAAUGGAUCUGUAUUCCAUAGAAGUGGAAAUAAAAGAUAUUAAUGACAACACCCCUGGUUUCCAGGCACAAGAAUUAGACUUAAAAAUCAAUGAAAAUGCAGCGCAGGGAACGCAAUUUGGGCUUCCCAGUGCAUGGGAUCCAGAUGUGGGAGUGAACUCCCUCCAGAAUUACCAAUUGAAUCCAAGUGAUCACUUCUCCCUACUUGUGCGAACUGGAGACGACGGGGCCAAGUAUCCGAGACUCGUGCUGGAGCAGGCCCUAGAUCGAGAAGUGGAGCCUGUUUACCACCUCAUCCUCACGGCCUUAGAUGGGGGAAAUCCAGCCCUUUCUGGCACCUCCCGCAUCCGAGUAAUUGUCUUGGAUUCAAAUGACAAUGCUCCAGUGUUUACUCAGUCUGUUUAUCACGUGAGUGUACCAGAGAAUGUACCUGUCGGAACUAUGCUACUCAAGGUGAACGCUACGGAUGAAGAUGAAGGAAUCAACGGAGAAGUGACAUAUUCAUUCCAGAAUCUUAAAAGACCAGUUUCAGAUAUUUUUUACUUAGAGUCCCAUAAAGGGGAAAUACUAACUAAGCAGUCAUUGGAUUAUGAGAAAGCCAAGCUUUAUGAAUUAGAAAUUCAAGCUAAUGAUGGACCAGGGCUCUUUGGGAGCGCCAAAGUGGCUGUUAAAGUCAUGGAUGUGAAUGAUAAUGCCCCAGAAGUGACAAUCACUUAUUUCACCAACUCAGUCCCUGAAAACUCUCCACCUGGAACAAUCGUUGCCCUUUUCAAUUUGCAUGAUCGAGAUUCUGGGGAAAAUGGACACGUCAUUUGUUCGAUCCCGGCUAAUCUGCCUUUCAAACUCCAAAGGUCUCUUAAUAAUUAUCAACGUUUGGUGACAGAAGGAGUUCUGGACAGGGAGCAGAUCUCUGAAUACAACAUCACUGUUACAGCCUCUGAUCAGGGUACUCCGCCUCUUAUUACAGUUACUCAACUUUCUCUGAGAGUCACAGACAUUAAUGACAACCCUCCCAGCUUUAGUCAAACAUCGUAUUCUGCCUACAUUCCAGAGAACAACCUCAGAGGUUCAUCUAUCUAUUCCAUGACAGCCCAUGACCCAGACAGCGAAGAAAAUUCCCGUAUCACUUACUCCAUUGAGGGUGAUGUUCACAGGAACUAUGUCUCCAUCAACUCGGAGACUGGAGUCCUUUAUGCUCUUCAAUCCUUCGAUUAUGAACAGUUUCGAGAUCUGCAACUCCAAGUAAUAGCUCAAGACUCCGGAGACCCUUCUCUUAGGCACAAGGUUUCUUUGACUCUGUUCAUCUUGGACCAGAAUGACAAUGCCCCCGAAAUCCUGUACCCCACUUUUCCCACAGAUGGCUCUACUGGAGUUGAGUUGGCCCCUCGCUCUGCAGAACCAGGCUAUUUGGUAACCAAGGUAGUGGCAGUGGAUAGAGACUCGGGACAGAACUCUUGGCUAUCUUAUAGACUUAUCAAAGUCACUGAACCUGGGCUCUUUUCUGUGGGACUGCACACUGGAGAGAUCAGGACUUUACGGGCCUUCAUAGACAAAGAUACCCUUAAGCAGAAGCUAUUGGUUGCAGUUACAGACAAUGGAGAACCUUCUCUAUCUACCACAGUCAGUAUCACAGUAGCAGUGGCUGACAGCAUCCCAGAGAUAUUCUCUGACCUUAGCAACCUAGAAGCUGCUAAGUCUUCAGAUGACUCUAGCCUCACAUUUUACCUAGUCAUUGCUGUAGCUACUGUAUCCUGCUUGUUCUUCAUUUUCAUAAUCAUCUUACUGACCCUCAGACUGUGCCAAUGUAGGACAUCACAGUUGUUGGAAUCAACUAAUGACUGUGUUGGAGCUGUUCCCGACAUUCAGUUUGCGGGCAUCGAAGGAGUUCAAGCUUUUCUUCAGACGCAUUCCCACCAAAUUUCCCUCAGCACAGAUUCUCCAAAGAGUCAGUUGAUCUUUCCCCAACCCAACUAUGCAGAAACUCUCCUUAAUAUUCAGAGCUGUGAUAAAAAAGAAUCUUUAACAACCAAACAGUUGCAAGAAUGCAAAGAUGAAUCUACUUUUCUUCAAGUGAGUUAA